UAACGAGUAAGCAACAGUGGUUGACACUACUCUCUACGCACGGACCAAAAACACCGAAAUUAAAUUUUCGCGAUCAACAAUAAUAUCAACAAUACACAUCACUUAACAGAAUGGCACCACCAACGCGAUCCAAUCCCUUCAAGACUCCGUCCCCCGAACCCCUUGCCAAUAAAGAAGCUACGACUACAAGGAAGUGUCGAUAUUUUGACGCAAUGCGGCGUGAUCGUGGUGUCCGCUCUAGGAGAGCUAUAGCAGCCGAUUGCGGCAUUACAGAGGGUACUGCAAGAAAUUGGGACCGUAAAUAUAAGGAAAUAGGUUCUUUGGCACUGCGACGCACUCGGCUACGAUCUGCCAUCCUUGGCCACAAGUCUAAAGUCACUAAAUCGAUGUGCAAGCUCUUGGUGUCCCCCUCUCGAAACCCUGUCAGAAAACAACCUUAUGAGGUGCAGAUUCAGUACCAUAAUCUGCCUGUUGGGAAGCGCCAAUUGCAGCGGAUGAUGAAGCGGAAUACCAAGGGAGGUGGCAGGUACAAAUGCGCCUUUGUUAAGAAGCAGAUCUCUCCUAAGAAUAAGGAGGAGAGGGAGAAGUACGGCCACGAUCACAAAAAGGAACCUCUACAUGGAUUUUGGGACCAUAUCGUCUUUACAGAUAAAGCACAUGUUGAUCCUACAUCACAAGCUCAAGGAAUGAUCACUAGAGAGCGUGGGAAGCGUGAUGCGCCUGAAAAUAUUAAAGAGAGACCUCCUCUCAAAGGAGUACGCUUUCAUGUUGCAGGCUGGAUCUCUUAGUACGGCAAAGCAGAGAAGUUGGAGUUCUAUAACGAUGAGGAGGACAAAAUUGAGCAUCCUCCACCUCCUCCCAAACCUAAGCGACGCCCUACAACAGAGACAGAAGAGGAGUAUAAGCAUAGAAUCAAAGAAUGGGAAGCUUUGAUGCCACAUGCAAGAGAGGUCAAAGUACAAGGCAAUUCUAUGACCCAGAAGUACUAUGUGGACCGUCUACUACCUAUCUACUGUCAAGCCAUCGAGUCUAUGCGCCAUAUCGAUGAUAAACCAUGGCUAUUGCAAGAGGAUAGCGAUCCC